AUGACCGUUCAUGUACUGUCGUCCGGUUGGAACAGAUAUACUUUCAGUGAUCUUCUAGCUGAACAUGCUCGCUUCGUACCAAGCGACUCAAAAUGGAUCAAGGGGCUCCUCGCCGUCCCCUUCGUCCUCUACUCGCAGCCGACGGGCGUAUUUGAGACCAACAGCGUGAGCUUCACGCAGAUGUCCGAGGAGGCACACAGGCGGUAUGCCGAGAUCAUGCGGGACGUCGAGGUCAUGCUAGACGACCACAUUGAGCACCAAAGGGACAACAGAAGUCUGCCGUCCAAGCUCAAGCUCUUGGUCCCCACGAUAGGCGUCUUCUUCACUCGCCUGCCCCUCGAGGCCGCCUUCAAGUAUCAGGACCGCAAGCGCUUCAUCUCAUCGCGGCGAUUUGUCUCGCCCUCUUUCAACGAUGUUCGCCUCGUCCUCAACUCGGCUCAAAUCAUGGCCGUCACAACCUAUGGCACCCUGCAGCUGGCCACUUUUGAUGGUGAUGUGACGCUUUACGACGACGGCGAGAGCCUCGUUCCGACCAGUCCCGUGAUCCCGAGGAUGAUUGACCUCAUGCGCAAAAACGUCAAGAUUGGCAUCGUCACCGCCGCCGGUUACACCACAGCCGAUCGGUAUUAUGACCGCCUGCACGGCUUAUUAGACGCAAUUGCCACCUCGCGGGAACUGACCCCGCAACAGCGCCAAAACAUUGUCAUCAUGGGCGGCGAGGCAAACUACCUUUUCGAAUUCCACGCCGAGUCAGAGCACCUGCUGCGGCCGGUUCCGCGGGAGCGCUGGCUCACUGCUGAGAUGGCCGCCUGGUCCGACAAGAGCAUCGAGGCGCUGCUGGAUGUGGCUGAGGCCGCCCUGCGCGACUGCAUCAAGACCAUGGCUCUCCCUGCCACGCUGAUGCGCAAGGACCGCGCUGUUGGCAUCAUUCCCACUGACCCCUCGAUCCGCAUCCCGCGUGAGUCUCUCGAGGAGACGGUGCUGGUCGUGCAAAAGAUUCUCGAGCUCAGCGUGGGCGGCCGCGACUUUGACAACAAGGUCGUACCCUUUUGCGCCUUCAAUGGCGGACGCGAUGUCUUUGUCGACAUUGGCGACAAGAGCUGGGGUGUCAAUGUCUGCCAAAAGUGGUUCGGUGGCGGCGACGAUGCGGCGCCCAUCCGCGGCGAGAACACUCUUCACGUCGGCGAUCAGUUUCUCAGUGCUGGCUCCAACGACUUCAAGGCUCGCAGCGUGGGCACCACAGCCUGGAUUGCCAGUCCAGCCGAGACGGUUGAGCUGCUGGAUGAGCUGGCUGACUUGAUGGGCAAGAAGAUUAGUUGA